AUGCCCUUAGGAUCAAUUUCCUUUAUUCAAAUACUAUUUUUAUAACCCACAAUUCUUUAUCAAACUUGCAAUGACUAAAAUAGAAAUGAGUGUGAGAAUCAUGGUUGGUCUCUCCCUGGAGAAGUUUUUGAUUGCUCUGGAAAUUUAAUAAUAGGCAAUUUCGGAGGAACAAAGAUUGUCGAGAAAACAUUUGAUCUUCCACCUCAUAAAUUUAUAAAGUUUUCAGUGACAAUUUAUAAAUUGGAUUCUUGGGAUAUGGAGUCUUUUGAAAUAUCAGUUAAUAACGAAUUAGUUUAUACAAUAAGUUAGGGCAAUUCAGAUGGCUCAAGAAAUUUGUGUAAACAUCCAUCUUAUAUUGACAAUACUAUAUAUUAUGAAAAAAUAAUGACUUUUCCAAAUGAUGUGUUUGAAUUAGUAAUAAAGUUUUAAUCUCAUUUAGAUUAAGAUGUCGAUGAUGGUAUAUAUUUAUAUUAGAAUUAGAAUCAUGGGGUUUUAGAGAUUUUCGGUUACAAAUAUUUACUCCUUGUGUUAACUUCUAUACUGAAUGUAAUUACUAGGGAGAAAUGAUUUAAAUUUGUUAAGGAGAUUAGACUAUAUAUUAAUAAAAGAUUCCAUUUGAAAUAAGAUCAUUCAGAACGAACAGUAAAACAAUUGUAAAGAUAAGGGGAUCUCAGUUUUCUAGUGGAAAUACACAAUAAUACACAUCCAGUUAACCAUGUCUUGAUUCUUUCAAAGUAAUAUUAUCAAAUUUAUUUAGUUUCCUAAAGUAGAGUAUGUAUAAUGA